AUGGCAAGGACCGACGACCAAGCAAAGUCAGUGGACACGCGCUACAAUGCUCGUGUUGAAAGUUUAAGGGAUAAAGAGUAUCCUAUGCUAAAUGGCUCUAUCUACCUCGACCAUGCCGGGACUACCCCCUACCCCAAGUCCUUGAUGGACAGAUUCGCAAAGGAGAUGACUUCAAACCUGUUCGGAAACCCGCAUUCUGCGUCGGCUUCAUCCCAGCUUUCGACCGCACGAAUAGAGGACAUUCGUCUACGGGUGCUGCGUUUCUUCAAUGCUGACCCCGCCGAAUUCGACCUCGUUUUUGUAGCGAAUGCGACUGCUGGAAUCAAGCUGGUCGCUGAUGCCCUGAGGACUGCUCCGGAUGGGUUCGAUUAUUCCUAUCACCAGGCAAGCCACACAAGCCUCAUUGGCGUCAGAGAGGAGGCUCGAAAUAGUCUCUGCCUCGACGACCAGGAGGUUGAUGAUUGGCUUGGCGGAGGCUGCCCUUUCGAAAAUGAUAGCGAAGACCGCCCGGUUCUGUUUGCUUACCCGGCACAGUCCAACAUGGAUGGGCGGCGGUACCCCCUGAACUGGGCUGAAAAGGUCUGUCGUGGUGGGACGAGGAAAACAUACACGCUACUAGAUGCAGCCGCGUUAGUCUGUUCCUCCCCACUCGACCUGAGUCAAGCCAAUGCAGCUCCCGAUUUUACCGUCCUCAGCUUUUACAAGAUCUUUGGUUUCCCAGAUCUGGGCGCAUUGAUCGUGAGGCGGGAUGCUGAGGAGGCAUUUGACACGAGGCGAUAUUUUGGUGGUGGCACGGUUGACAUGGUGGUCUGCUUGAAAGAGCAGUGGCAUGCACCAAAGGCCCAGUUCCUACACGAACGUCUCGAGGAUGGGACAUUGCCCGUUCACAGCAUCAUUGCGCUGGAUGCGGCGCUAGAUGUACACAAGCAGCUGUUCGGCUCGAUGCGGGAUGUCGCAUCCCAUACAGCUUUCUUAUCAGCGAUGCUCUACACGAGGCUUGAAUUGUUGAGACACGGGAACGGCCAAUCAGUUUGUGUUCUUUACUCACCGGGCCCAGAGACGGCGAACAAUGGCCUUUCCAGUGGCCCCGUUGUUUCCUUCAACAUCCGCAAUAGCCAGGGGGCUUGGAUAAGCUUGGCCGAGGUUGAGAAACUCGCCACCUUGAAAGGGUUUCAUAUUCGAACUGGCGGUGUCUGCAACCCUGGAGGCAUCGCCUCGGCUCUGGGACUUGAGCCGUGGGAAAUGAGACGAAACUUCAGCUCAGGUUUUCGCUGCGGGACUGACCUGGAUAUCAUGGCCGGCAAGCCAACUGGCGUCAUCCGGGCAAGUCUCGGUGCCAUGAGUACCAUCUCCGACGUAGACAGUUUUGUCGAAUUUAUUGCCGAGUUCUACCGGGAUGCAUCGCUGUCUCCGGCUAGAACAGAACCGGUGCCGCAGCCCCAUGACCCGUCACGGCUUCGAAUUCACAGCAUGUCUAUCUACCCCAUCAAGAGCUGCUGUGGGUUCCAGGUUCCUUCGGGUACUGAUUGGGAAGUGAGGCCCGAAGGGCUUGCUUGGGAUAGAGAAUGGUGUCUAGUGCACCAAGGCACCGGCCAGGCAUUGAGCCAGAAAAGGCAUUCUAAGAUGGCCCUCAUACGCCCGGCGCUUGAUUUUGAACGGGGGCAGCUGCGCGUCAGCUACGCGGGGGAGUUGCCGGCUCACCAACCCCGAGAAAUCAGUAUACCUCUCUCGAAAAAUCCCUCUCUUUUCCGUUCCUCGUCCUCGCGCUCGAGGUCCUCCCGUGUGUGCGGGGAGGAGAUCCAGGCGCAGACAUAUUCAUCCACGGCCAUCAACAGUUUCUUCUCCGACGUCCUCGGUGUGCCCUGCUUAUUGGCGCGGUUCCCCGCGGGCGGCCACGGUAAGAGCAUGCGGCAUUCCAAGGCCCAUCUCCAAAAACAUCAACUCUCCCUCCUUCCGACGGCCAGGCCCGCCCUCCCAGGCUCAUUUCCGCCAUCACCUCCGGACUCGGACACGGAAAAGACGGUUUCGCGGCGGAUAUUACUCUCUAACGAAAGUCCCAUACUCGCCAUUACUCUCCCGAGCGUCACCGAACUCAACCGAGAAAUACACCUGUCCAAGCCCGGCCUCAAGGAGGUCUCGCCCGCCGUCUUCCGGGCCAACAUAGUCAUGACCCCUGCCGACCCAGACGUUCCUUUAGCGCCCUACGCCGAGGACUCUUGGUCAGGCAUAAAAGUCGGCCCGCAACAGCACGAGUUUGAAAUGCUGGGUGCAUGCCGGCGGUGUCAUAUGGUCUGCAUCAACCAGGAAACGGCGGAAAGAGCGAGGAGCCGUUUGUGA